GCCACCGUACGGCAGAGGGGAAAAACGUGGUGACGUCUUAGAAAAAUAAAAGCUGCAGAAUAAAACAACUAAUGUAAAAACACAACUGUUCCAGAUUUGAUCGGUUCUUUUAUCUGGUCACCAACUCUGAUUGCGAAUAUACUGGUCAAAGGGCACCGAUGGCAUUUGUAUUCAAGUCUGCUUUCAGAAAACAGGGUCUGUUUGUACCGUUCCUGAAUGCUGUGAGAGGAAUGUCUUCAUCAGGAGGACCCACCCCUCCCUUCACAACUCUGUCAAUCAGCCAGCCGCUUGACACCAUCACUCAUGUCGAGAUCUCUCGUCCAGAGAAACGCAAUGCCAUGAACAAAGCAUUCUGGCUAGAAAUGGUUGACUGCUUUAAUCAGAUAGCCGAAGACCCAGAAUGCCGUGCUGUAGUUUUCUCAGGUGCUGGAAAACUCUUCACUUCUGGUAUUGACCUCAUGGGCAUGGCUGGUGAUAUUCUGCAGCCUGUAGGUGAUGACACUGCCAGGAUUUCGUGGAAUUUACGUCGCACCAUAAGUAAAUACCAAGAGACCUUCUCUGUUAUUGAAAAGUGUCCAAAACCAGUGAUUGUAGCCAUUCAUGGAGCAUGUAUAGGAGGAGGAGUUGACUUGAUCACAGCAUGUGAUAUACGCCUGUGUACACAGGAUGCCUGGUUUCAGGUCAAGGAAGUUGAUAUUGGAUUGGCUGCUGAUGUUGGGACUUUGCAACGCCUCCCCAGAGUUAUUGGAAGUCGAAGUCUAGUGAACGAAUUGGCUUUAACUGCAAGGAAGAUGUAUGCUGAUGAAGCCAAGAGCUGUGGAUUGGUCAGCCGUGUGUUCCCAGAUAAAGAGACUAUGAUGGCUGGAGCUCUGGAGAUGGCACAAGAGAUUGCCAGCAAAAGUCCGGUGGCAGUCCAGGGAACCAAAGUCAAUCUCAUUUACUCCAGAGACCACAGUGUUCCAGAUUCUCUGAAUUAUAUGAACACAUGGAAUAUGAGCAUGCUUCAAACCCAAGAUUUAAUGAAGUCAGCUCAGGCAGCGAUGGAGAAGAAGAACCUCAAAGAAAUUAUUUUCUCAAAGCUCUGAGAUUGUAAGCACCCCCAAAAAAACAGAUUAUAAAGUCCAUUGAACACAAUCUCCUGAGAUCAAUUUGAUCCGAUCAACUUAAUUAACAUGAUUUUUACAGCUGAAACAUACCUGUAGCUAUUACUUCUAUAAAUUCUGUCCUCACUGGGUAAAUUUCUGCAGUUUGAAGUUAUGUCUUUCUGGGUCAAGUAAAAUGAAUGUUUGAUUUAAUAUUUUAAUGGUUGCCUUCAAUACUGACUCACAAAUGUUAAUUAACCAAAAAGCUGCUAAGCCUGUUCAGUGCUUGAAUGCACCCUAAAAACUUAGUGAAUAUUCAUAUAUUGUCAGAUUUUGACUGAUUUUGUGAGUCAAGACUUCUCAAAAAUGUGAUAUUUUCAAUUAUGAUGUUUUUUUGCAUCUCAAUAAAAAAGCUAAUGCUUCCAUAA